AUGGAUCCAGCAAACGAAUACUGCGGGCUUGAAGACUAUGGCCUGGUUGGGGACAUGCACACUUGUGCACUGGUCAGCAAGAAUGGCAGCGUCGACUCCAUGUGCUGGCCCGUGUUCGAUUCCCCUUCCAUCUUCUGCCGCAUUUUAGACAAGGAGAAGGGAGGUCAUUUUUCGAUUACUCCGGAUCGCAGAUUGAAGAAUCCUCUCAGUAAGCAGCGCUAUCGCCCAUAUACCAAUAUGCUAGAGACCCGUUGGAUCCAUGAAGAGGGUGUGAUGAAUAUCUUGGAUUACUUUCCGAUCGCAAAACCCAAGCCGCAUGUGGUCGAGAAAGGACUUCCUCAGUGGUGUCGAUGCUACCAGAAUAAAGGCUCUGCGCAACAAGAGGCAUGUCGUUCAGGGAUGGUGCGGAAAGCAGAGUGCGUCCGUGGUGAAAUGGAGAUAGAAAUUGAGGUCUUCCCGGCAUUCAAUUAUGCCCGCGAUUCACAUAUAGCCCAACAGUCUUCGGCUUCCGACGACGGUAUCCAAGUUUACCACUUCCAGUCAGAGAGUCAAAAUCUGGUUGUCAGCGUUUUGGGAGACAAGGGUGACAUUUCCGAGGAUGACUCCGAUCUUAACAUUGAAUUUGAACUGUCUGAUCGACCCGGCCACCUAGGCCCCGGUCUAAUUGGGAAGGUUACCUUGAAAGAAGGGCAGUCAAUCACUAUGCUUCUUCACGAUCAAGAGUCCAUAACGUGCAAUGCCCAGGACCUGGCCCCAUAUCUGCAGCAAAUUGAGCGAACAACAGGCGAUUUCUGGUCAGACUGGACCAGCAAGUGCACCUUCCGAGGCCACUACCGCGAGCAAGUGGAGCGCAGUCUACUUGUUCUGAAGCUUCUGACCUACAAGCCAACCGGAGCAAUUGUGGCAGCUCCUACCUUCUCACUACCUGAGCAUAUAGGCGGGAGUCGUAAUUGGGACUAUCGGUACUCCUGGGUGCGUGAUGCAGCAUUCACCGUCUAUGUAUUCUUGAAGAACGGCUAUCCCGAAGAAGCCGAAUCAUACAUCAACUUCAUCUUCGAGCGUAUCUUCCCACCCAUGGAUAAGAAUCCAAAGCCAGGGGAGCCCUUCCUGCCCAUCAUGAUCACCAUUCAUGGCGAGCGCGAGAUUCCCGAGAUGGAACUCGACCAUCUGGAAGGGUACCGGGGAAGCCGACCGGUGCGUAUCGGCAACGGUGCAGCGACUCAUAUCCAGCUCGACAUUUACGGAGAACUUAUGGACAGUAUUUACCUCUACAACAAACACGCAGCCGACAUCUCAUACGACCAGUGGCGAGCUAUCCGUCGCAUGAUCGAUUUCGUCAUCCAGAUCCGUCAUCAGCCUGACCAGUCUAUCUGGGAAGUACGCGGGCCACCGCAGAACUUUGUCUACUCAAAAAUCAUGCUUUGGGUAGCUCUGGAUCGUGGUGUGCGGCUGGCGGAGAAGAGAUCCAAUCUACCGUGUCCGGACCGGGCACGAUGGAUGCACGAACGUGAUGCACUAUACGAUGAGAUCAUGACCAAGGGAUAUAACGCAGAGAAGGGAUUUUUCUGCAUGAGUUACGAAAAUCAAGAUGCUAUGGAUGCUGCUGUGCUUAUUGCGCCGUUGGUGUUCUUCGUAGCGCCGAAUGAUCCUCGGUUACUGAGCACCAUACAGAAGAUCACGGAUGUUCCCGCGAAAGGGGGGUUGAGUGUGGCUAAUAUGGUAUCGCGGUAUGAUACUGGGAAGGUCGACGAUGGCGUUGGAGGCAACGAAGGCGCUUUCCUAAUGGUCACAUUCUGGCUCGUUGAGGCUAUGAUGCGUGCCGCCAAGUCCAAAGCAUAUCUUCCUCACGACCCGUUUUUCCAACAACUGCGCAAGACAGCCACAUCGCAGUUCGAUAGCAUUCUAUCUUUUGCAAAUCAUCUGGGUAUGUUCUCAGAGGAGGUUGCGACGUCAGGCGAGCAGAUCGGCAACAUGCCGCAGGCUUUUAGUCACCUUGCGUGUGUGAGUGCAGCGAUGAAUCUCGGCGGAGGGGGCGAACGAUGA